AUGAGCGAAACACCUUCACAACAAAGGACAACUCCGGCUCGUCGGAAAUAUGGCCGGCAGACCACAAAGUCGGCAGCCCAGAAGGCAUAUGCAUCUGAGAACGACAUCGCUGCGCUCGAAACACCACGGACUCAUGCGCCGAAAACACCAAACAAGAUGAACGAAACUUCUACUCCGGCCAGCGACUUUUACUCAUCGCAGCACCCGAAUAGCAAAAGCAGAGCGAGGAAUAGGACAAAAUCCAAAAAUGUUCCGCCGUCCCCCGACUCUACACAAUACGGUCGCCAAACGCCCCCGCAGCGAUCCGCCUCGAUCAAACCCGGCAUCAAUACCGCAUUUGCAGGUGCUACUUUCCAUGCAUCUCCCGCUCCAUCCGCUCUACCCAUUCCAAGCUUUCUCUCCAGGCCUUCAGGCGAAUCUCCCGUUGCACUGGGCAAGGCUGCGCUCCAAGAGCCAUCGCCACCCGCAACUGACGGAGACGUCCCCACGCCAUUUCGACCAUCAUCAGUACCCAAGAUGAAUGAGUCACCGCUAGACUUUAUGUUUCGCGCACAUAGAGAAGAAAAAGAGCGAAAUUUCCGAGAGAAUAUUCCAAAUGACUCUUCUAGACCUUCGGCGUCGCCGCAACCUUUGCAAUGGAGUGGCAUGGGAGGGCCCUCGAAACCGUCAAGUCUGCCGCAUCAACGGCGAACUUAUUUCCGGCAAGAAGCAGGUGGUAUAAAUUCUUCGGAAUUGGAUGGUACACCUGGCAGACCGCUUGGUCCGGCAUUCUCAACCCCAUACCAAGAACGAAUUAAAGCUGCUCGUUCUGCCUCAAACAGUAACACUUCUUUCACCAAAGGCCAGACCGCUGGUUACUUAAACGAGCCAGAAACAGUAGAAGAUUCGACGGAAGCAUUAAAGAAAUAUCUUUUUGGCAACAAGAGUUCUAUCACGGCUGGUCCAUUACGAACUACCACUGAAACCAAACCUGCACUCCACACCGUGCCUAGCGAGGGAACUUCGACGUCAACUGGGACUGAGUCAGGGACGAAGACUACUCGCGCUAGUAAUAUUACGGAGAUAGAAAAUGAUCUUCGGCGGAUUUUGAAGUUAGACAUGACCUCGGGGCCAGAUUCUGAGGGCCGUACUCUGUUUUCGAGAUGA